GAUAGUUGGUGAACGUGUAACGCAUCGAGAUCGAUUAAGCCAACAGCAUCGACCGGCGCGUCCACAAUCUUGGGCUUCAACAAUCUCCACUGAUAGUAUUCGUUCUUCUGAUACAACCACAGACAGUAGUGUUGUGGACGGAAAUGGAAAUAAUCCAAAUGGUAACUAUUGUUCAUCACCUUCUUCUGGAUCACCAACAUUUGUUCCGGCUACAUCGGAUGAAGAUCCGGAUAAUAACAUCGUUACAACUGAUCAGCUACAAACACGAUCAUACAGUUGCCCAGAGAAUUCUCUAGGAGACUUAUCAUUACCAUCAUCAUCUUCAUCAACAACAACAACAACAACAACAACAAUAACAAUACCAUCUUCAGAAAUAUUAAAUACAAUAAUACCAUCUUCAAUAUUGGCAGCUAAAUCAGUAGCAGCAACAACAACAACAUCAUUGAAUACAAUUGUAGAAAGUUCUUCUUCCACUGAAUUAUUUGCAACAAUUUAA